AUGCCUAAUGGUUCCUUACCACAAAACUACUCUAAAGACAUGGUUGAAAUGAUAACUUUAGAAGCAUAUCAAAAAUUAAGAGAGUGGUUUGGCGGCGAUUCCCCGCAAAUAUACCCGAUUAGAAAAAAUGGCGGCCAACAGACAUUCAAAGUAGAUAAAAUUACCAUUAAAGUUGAAUACAAUGGCGAAACAAAAGAUAUUUAUCUUUGGGAUAGAGACCAGGGAGCGAAAUUUAUCAAGGAAGUCAGACUUACUUUUGGAAUUAAAUCGAAACCAAGCAUCAUACGCAUUGAUUCAUCAGGAGCCAAAAAUGUUGUUAAAGAUAGCGAUUCAGUUAUGACACUGAAGUCCAAUACAAAGAAAAUCUUCGUUGAUUACAUGAUAAAUGGCAAAUUAGCUAGCGAUAUCCAAAAUGAAGUCACAAAAAUUUCGAAACAAAAUGAGAAAGAAAAAGAGCAGUCAGAAGAGAAAAAGACCGAAGUAAUGCAAAAGAAGAAAGAAGAGGAUAAGACUGUUCAACAAAAUUUCCGUGUUCCGCCAAAUUCUGGAAAAUGCGGUUUAAUCAACAUUGGAAACACUUGCUACUUCAACAGUGGUGUUCAGUGUCUUCUCCAUUCAUUACCAUUGGCCAGACAAUUGCUUGGAUCGAACUGGCGCUCAGAAAUUAACGAAAAUAAUCCUUUAGGAGCCAAAGGAUACUUAGUGAAGGCUUUUGCAAGGCUAAACUCCAGAGUAUGGUCGGCCCAAGAGUCAGCGAUCAAUCCAAGUGACUUAAAACACGUAUUAGGUGAUUUUGCUCCCCAAUUUCAAGGUUUUGAGCAACAAGACCCUCACGAAUUGAUCAUGUUCCUUCUUGAUGGUAUCCACGAAGACUUAAAUCGUUGUAAAAACAAACCACUCGUUGAGACAAUUAUUGGCGAUGGAACAAACGACGAAAAGACAUCAUUAGAAGCAUGGAAGACACAUAAACUUCGUAAUGAUAGUAUUAUUGUCGAUAAUUUCCAUGGACAAUUACGUUCUCGCUGCAUUUGUCCAAAAUGCCACUCAACUACUGUUGUUUUUGAUCCAUUUGUAGCUUUAUCAUUACCAAUACGACCAAUAAAUGAAAAAGUUACAAACGUUUUGUUCAUUCCUUAUGAAUUUUCUGAAAAACACGAAUGGAUCAGGAUAAAAUUGCCGAGAGAGUCAAGUGUUAAGAACUACGAGCAAGCAAUUAAGUCAAUUAAGAAUGUUGACGUAGCAAUUGCCUUCAUUGCCACUACUUUUUCCGGAAUUUCUGUUUAUUGGGACCCAAUUGAUGCCAAAUAUGCAGAAAACCUCACUGCAAUCGCUUUAGAACUCCCAUCAACUGAACAGAAGUACAUUAUUUCAUAUCUUUGUGGUACUUUUAAGUCAGAAUUUGCAAAUAUGUUCUCUGCUGUUGAGAGAACAGAAGACAAACCAGUCAUGAUGCCUUUCCUCGUACCAAUAGACAAGGAAACAUCAGAUUCCAAGGAAAUUUCAGCAGCUGUUUCCGAGAGAUUAUCUGAAUUUUGGAAUGAAGGGAAGAUUCCGAAGGAUUUCGUCAUCAAAGAUUCAGAACUAUCUCAAUACCAGCUAAAACAGAAGGUGGCGAUGAGAUUUUCCUCAACAAAUUUUGAUGAUAAUCAAAAAAUCAGAGUUAAAGAUUAUUUCGUCAAAGAUUACAAACCAUCGAAGUUCUACAGCAACAUAGGAUCCCAAUUAUUCACAGCCAUCUUCAAUGGAAAGUUUAUGAAUUCAGAAAAUCAUUUUGACCUCAAACUUUACCUGAAAAACAUCGGAAUCGACUUCAAGAGGUCACACAAAGGUGACAGAGAAAGUGGCGAUGUAAAGUUGGAAGAAUGUUUCGAUUAUUUCAGACAAGAAGAAAUUUUAGACGAAAACAACAUGUGGUUCUGUCCUAAAUGCAGGGAAUUCGUCUGUGCAAACAAGAAAAUGGACCUCUGGAAGGCUUCCAAAUGUUUAAUUAUCCAUCUCAAGCGAUUUGAAACGACAGAGACAGGAACUGAGAAAGAUGAGAGGGUUGUUCACUUCCCUGAUGAACUUGACAUCAAGCCUUUCCUUGCAGGACCCGUAGAAGGCAACACAAAAUACAGAUUAUACGCAAUUUCAGAGCAUUUCGGGUCAUUAGGCUUUGGACAUUGCACAGCUCACGCUAUAGUACCGAAUGGAAAGGGAAGAGACUGGUUUUCGUUCAAUGACAGCUCAGUUAAAAAAGUUAUUCAAUCAAACGCUCAUACGAAUGCAGCAUACGUACUUUUUUACGAGCGCAUUGACAAUGAGGCUGAAGAUAAUGCUGUUUUGGUUGCGAAACCAAGCUCCUUUUUUCCUGAAAAUCAAAACAAGCAAAAUCUUCUCAAAAAUCAGCCAAAUCAUAACAACCAAAUUAAACCCCAACAGUCUCAUGGACAGAAUAAGAACAAGAAUAAUGAAAACAACAAGUACUUUGAUCCAAACAAUAAACCAGGAAUAUUCCGCCAUCAUCAACACAAUAAGUUCGACAAAUUGAAGAAAUUCAGUCAUGAUCAGAAUAAUUACCAUAACAACAACCAUCAUAAUGACCAUCACAACAAUAAAUUCCAUCAUAACAAAUUUAAUAAGUUUAGACAUUAA